AUAACCCAAAAUAUUACCGGCUCAAGAGGCGACAACAACAGCGUGAACAGGAGAGCUGGAGCAGUGAUGCCUUCGCAUGCGCUGCAUAUCACCCGCUCCAAUAAGCGUUUAUUGAGGAGAAUUGCCGGUGUUUUCUACGUGGCAGUCACAAUUGCAAUAAUAACAGUUUGUCUCCGCGACUGGUCCCAGACUUGGCGAAUUGUUUCGUCUCCUCCAGCGAGACAAUUACGUUCGGUAAAUGUCCACACAGAGGUACAGCAUUUAAAGGCACCGACACCAGCAAGUGUGGAAAAGACAGGAGCUACUACAAUAACAACAGAAAUUACAAAGAGUUCGCCAGUGGAGUUAGAAGGCACUCACAGAACAGUCAGAGCAUCUACAAUUGAGGACCGACUUCCUCUUGAGCACAAAACAACUCUUACCUCCACAACAAAAUGCAAUCAGCAUUAUUUCCUUCUUAUUCUUGUCUCUUCUGCUCCAGCGUAUUUCGACAGACGUAGAUCAAUACGACAAACGUGGGCCGUUGACAGCUCCAUCAACACGCGCUGGAAAACAGUGUUUCUGCUCGGCCAGUCCCGAGACAAAAAUCACACUGAGCUACUUCAACGUGAAGAUGCGUUUUACGGCGAUCUGAUACGUGCAAACUAUUACGAACACUAUUGGAACCAAACGCUCAAGAUUGAAAUGGGUUUUGAGUGGGCAGCCAGGUAUUGUAGCUUUAAAUUUCUACUCAAAGCGGAUGAUGAUGUUUUUAUUAAUCCCCCGGCCGUCAUCGCCGUCCUAAACAGAGCAGCAACUCCAAAAGAUAAACUCUAUAUGGGACAUGUGUACAGAAAUCCCCGGGUCCAAAGGACCGGGAAAUGGUCGUUAAGUCAAGAGGAGUAUAAAAUGACAAAUUAUCCUGACUUUUGUGCCGGGCCAGGGUAUAUUUUAUCCACCGACGUUGUGACUUCGUUCGUCAGUAUCUUUGGUCGUAUUCCGCAGUUUAAAUUUGACGAUGUUUAUGUCGGGAUGCUCGCCGCAAAAAUGGGGCUUAAUGCCGUUCACGUCAGGGGGUUUCAAACACCGCCAUAUUUAUCUAAAACGUGUGUUUUAUAUGACAACACUUUAGUCCGACAUGGGGCCGUGGGGCAAUGUUUAAUUGACCUUUUCCAAAAAUCUCAAAUCAAAGGAAUGUCACCCUAA